GGGGCCGCGUUGCGGCAGGUUUGGGAAGGCGGAUGGUCGGGGGGUGUGUGGGAGUCCCCCCCCCCCCCCCGCUGGAGGCUGUCCCGCACCGGCCGGGCUGACCGGAGGGCGCUGCACCCCGGGCCCCGCUGCCCGCCGCCGGCGGCACAGCCGCCCCGCACCGCCUCCGCGGCCCCGGCGGCGGUAACGGCCGCAGAUCUCCUUCCUCCGCUUGAAUGAAUUCACCCGGAUUUUCUACCUGCAAGUUGUGUGAAGAAAGGUAUUUAUGGUGCUUGCCUGCCCACCCUAUGAACAAACAGGAUGCUCUCCACAACCCCAAGUGUUGUUGCCCAAGUGUUCCUUCUUCUAAGCAUAGUUCUUGUAAUUGCUAUUGCAGUGAUUCAGAUAAAUCAGCAACAGAUCCUCUCCCCAGGGCUUAAGUAUGGAAUAGUCCUCGAUGCUGGAUCCUCUCGAACGACAGUCUAUGUCUAUGAAUGGCCAGCAGAAAAAGAAAAUGACACGGGAGUAGUAAGCCAAACCUUCAAGUGCAAUGUGAAAGGCCCUGGUAUAUCCAGCUAUGAGAGUAACCCUGGAGCUCUUGCCAAACCCUUUGAUGAUUGUCUGAAUAAAGUCAAGGAGAGAAUACCAGUUCAUCUGCAUAAAAACACUUCUGUUUAUCUGGGGGCUACAGCUGGCAUGAGGCUACUGAGGUUGCAAAAUGAGACGGCAGCCAAUGAAGUCCUUGCAAGCAUUCAAAACUACUUCAGAGCACAACCUUUUGAAUUUAGGGGUGCGCAAAUCAUAACUGGGCCAGAGGAAGGGGUGUAUGGAUGGAUAACAGCCAACUAUUUAAUGGGCAAUUUCUUAGAGAGAAACCUUUGGAGGACAUGGGUCCAUCCUUACAGAAGAGAAACUAUGGGUGCACUGGAUCUUGGAGGAGCUUCCACUCAAAUUUCAUUUAUGUCAGAGGACUCUCAGGAAAACUUCAAUAGCACCUUGCAAGUCAAGUUGUAUGGUUACAACUACAACGUCUACACUCACAGCUUCCAGUGCUAUGGGAGAGAUGAAGCUGAGAAAAGGCUUUUAGCGUUGCUGCUCCAGAAAUCAAACACGAGUUCCAAUGUGGAUAAUCCAUGCUACCCUCAGAAUUACAGUACUGCAUUAACUAUGAAGUACUUCUCUGGCAGCCUUUGUACACAGUCUCUGAGACCAGCAAAUUACUACCCAAACCAGCUUGUGAACUUCCAUGGAACAGGAGACCCAGGUCUGUGCCAGGAGAUGGUUUCUUUAUUGUUUAACUUCACUGCUUGCAGAGACAGAGAAGACUGUCCGUUUAAUGGAAUAUAUCAGCCAAAAGUUAAAGGGAAUUUUGUGGCUUUCUCAGGAUUCUACUAUACAAUUAAUGCUUUGAAUUUAUCUGAGCACUUUUCCCUAGCUGACUUCAAUUCAAGUAUGUGGUUUUUCUGUUCACAGAGCUGGGCACAGCUCCAGUUUAUGCUGCCUAAAUUUGAAGAAAUAUAUGCUAGAUCGUACUGUUUUUCAGCCAGUUUCAUUUAUUACUUGCUUGUACAUGGUUACAACUUCGAUGCAGAAGCGUGGCCACAGAUACAUUUUCAAAAGGAGGUCGGGAACAGCAGUAUAGCAUGGUCACUCGGUUACAUGUUAAGCCUCACGAACAUGAUUCCAGCAGAAGGCAAGCUGAUCCAAUUACCUCUGAAACCUUCUUUGUUUGCUGGGCUCCUCAUCUUCCUCACAGCUACGGCAUUGUUGUGUCUUCUCUUCCUUGUUUACUUGUGUAUUAUAUCACGUAAUCAGAAGAACAUCAGUCGUGUUGAACAUGUAUUUAUUCCAGAAUGAAUGAACUUUACUGAAGACAAAUCAAAAAUUUUAUAGUGCUAUUAAGUAGGGCUUCAUUUUUGAAAAAUGGAAGGUGAAAUAAAGACAGGCAAAAAGACGUCAGGACCAGAAGCAUAAAAAGAGAAGAGACACAAAGGAAUCUUUGAUAUGGUGAACUGGAGUGCUUUUGAAAUAUUUUGGUAAUUGUUUCUGUAAAACCAGUUUUUUCUGUAAAACCAGUGUGCAGCAGAGCAAACAUGGGCAGAUGUGUCACUUUGCUCAAUAAGGGAUUAAUAGCCUUUUCCUGCCAGGUAUGUAUUAUUUUCUUUUUGUGCAUUAACUCUGCACUAACUGGUAAACUCAAGUGGUGAUGGAUUUGAUCAUGGUGACAGUUGUCUAAGAUAAAAUUAAACAAGUCAAUAGGAGUUGUGGGAGUUGGGAAGAUGGUAGCUGUUCUUGUGUGCAGUGCUGACACUAAAAGCCUGCAAAUAACCUAAUUUCUGAAACUGGAACAAGCACUGGGUAAUGCCAGGAACUGAAAGGAACAGCUGGGAUAGAAUUGUUUUUAUUGCUGUUCCAAACUGAUUGAUCCCCACCACAUAAAGGUGUAAUAAACUGCCAGAAGCCA